CAAGCCUGCCUCCCCCAAAAGACCUACUUCGUAAAGUCAGACAGACAGACAGACGGAAUGACAUCUCUCCACGAAGUAUAACCACGGAUUCUUCGCUCUGUGAAGUUGUAAAGUCCCCAGCAAUGGCUUCAGUAUCCCAAAACGACCAGACGGCCGGUGAGCCCCUUUCGGCAAAGAACCAAACCCUCCUAACGGGAGCUGCAGCUACGCAGGAAUUCGCUCCUCUUGGGAACAUCUGCGCUCAUCUCAAUGCCUUCCAUGCCUAUGCGUCCGACCCGAGUCGUGUCGUCGAAGCCAACCAUUAUUGCGGCCACCUCAACGACGAGGUACGCCAGUGCAUCCUCUAUGACAGCCCAGAGCGCAACGCGCGCAUCAUCGGCAUCGAGUACAUGAUCACACCGCGACUGUACGAAACCCUGGAUCCGGAGGAACGCAAACUAUGGCACAGCCACGUCUUUGAGGUCAAGUCGGGCAUGCUCAUCAUGCCACAGCCCGCCGUGCCGGAUGCUGUAUGGGAGAUUGCUGAGAAUAAGGAGAUGGAGGAAGUCGUACGCCUAUAUGGAAAGAUCUAUCAUCUCUGGCAGGUGGACCGGGGCGACAAGCUACCCUUGGGUGAGCCUCAGUUGAUGACGAGCUACACGGCGCGGGACCAGUUCGACUUUGAUAAGUAUGUCGGGGACAGAGAUCGGAGGUUCAAGUCGGACUACAAAAGGAAGGAGGAGGUGAGAAAGUACAUCGACGAACCGGAAAUUCACCCCCACGCCGAUCAGACUUGGAAGAGCAAGGAACGGACUUGACGAUGAAGUUAAGGCACAACAACCUUGAGAACUACCCCACUUAAACAGAAUGUGGAUAUGUUGCCGUGAUGAUGGUUUUGACAAGGAAGAAAGUUGGAGAAUGCAGCACAAGUGCAAUGUAGUGGAAGGGUGGCGCGGCCCAAUGCCUAGGGAGCCUCUUAACUACGACAUUAAUAUCAGUACCAUACUCGGACGUCACGUCCUAGACAAUGAGCGACUGGAUUUUGGGGGAGCGGAAAAUCCGGUGCAGGAUCCGAAAGUGCCCUGAUAGCGGGUGGCCAAAGAGAUUCUGCUUCUAUCGCGGGGCGGGGUUUCUGAGACAGUUACGAAUAAAUACCUACAACCC